CAGUCACAUAAUACUGAUGGUGGCGGAUGAUAUGGCAUGCAAUCCACGGAACCCAAGACCUGCCACUGUAUUCAACAAUGCUAAUGAACAGAUAAAUGUGUAUGGUGAUGAUGUAGAGGUAGAUUACAGGGGAUACGAGGUGACAGUUGAGAAUUUUAUCCGUGUGUUGACAGGACGUCUGCCACCUAGUACACCAAGGUCUAAGAGAUUGCUUACUGAUGAACAUAGUAAUGUCCUUGUGUAUAUGACAGGCCAUGGUGGAGAUGGGUUUCUCAAGUUCCAGGAUGCUGAGGAAAUAUCGAGUGUUGAACUCGCCGAUGCCUUUGAACAAAUGUGGCAGAAACGGAGGUACCAUGAAUUAUUUUACAUGAUUGACACAUGUCAAGCAGAAUCUAUGUUCCAGAAGUUCUAUUCUCCUAACAUCCUUGCUGUGGCCAGCAGUAAAGUAGGAGAGGACUCCCUUUCUCAUCAUGUAGAUCCAGCUAUAGGUGUUUAUGUGAUAGACAGAUAUACUUACUAUGCUUUAGAAUUCCUGGAAAGUGUUCAACCAGACAGCAAGAAAACCAUGGGUCAGUUUUUCAGGGUUUGUCCACGUAGCCAGUGUGUGUCUACAGUAGCAUUCAGGACAGAUUUGUUCAAGAGAGAUCCCAAUAAAGUGCUGCUCACCGACUUCUUCGGCAGUGUACGUAAUGUGGAACUGCUCACUGAAACUGUACCACUAGCGAAUAUAUCACUGGAUGAAACUUGCAGCAAAGACACUUGUAAGCGAAGUGAACAAAAACCAUCAAGAGAAAAAUUGACGUAUGCUCAACAGUUUCCAAUGCCAUCUUGAUUCAGGUGAUCUAGAAUGAGACAACAUUCACAGAUAUAUAAUAACGAAAUUGAAUGGUGAGAAAACUGUAACAAGAAAUGCUGAGAUGACGCAAGGAAGUAGAUCUGUAUCUGAAAGGGAUUAAUGUGAUCCAGUAGUGCCUUUACAGUUGAAUUCUUUAACACUUAAUAUGGAGAAAUCCUAUCUUUAAAUUGCUGCUUGUUAUGUUUAUGUGCUUAUUCAUUGGCUACUGAUACUCUCUUGUUAUUUGGUGUAAUGGAAAUGACCUGCAACCUUAAUACUUGAACUUUCAAUACUGUUGAAUUAUCUAUACUUUAUUUGUUAUUAAAUUUUAUGUUUCUUUAUUACAUUUUUACCUGAAUCGAAGAUGAGUUAUCAUGAUAUUGCUGUCUCUGGCUUGUUUUGGUCAACUGUCCAGAAAAUUCAAUACAAAAUAACAAGUUAGGGAACGACAGAGUUCAGUUCUUUACAUUGGAUUAUUUUGCAUGAAACAUAAAGUAGUUCCCAUAUCAUGUUUAUAUAAAAAAAAAAGAGUCCUUAAGACUAAUUUUGGGGCUGCCACAUGGGUCAGAGUUUUACAAGGUCUUGACAGGAAAAGUUGACAUGUUCUAAAUUUCAUUAUUAGUGAGUAUUGCCUCAGGCAUCACAAAUGUUAAGGUCACACCAGGAACUUAUAUGAGCCGUGCCAUGGGAAAACCAACAUAGUGGGUAUGCGACCAGCAUGGAUCCAGACCAGCCUGCGCAUCCGCGCAGUCUGGUCAGGAUCCAUGCUGUUCGCUAACAGUUUCUCCAAUUCCAAUAGGCUUUAAAAGCGAACAGCAUGGAGCCUGACCAGACUGCGCGGAUGCGCAGGCUGGUCUGGAUCCAUGCUGGUCGCAAACCCACUAUGUUGGUUUUCUCAUGGCACGGCUCAUAUACUGAGCAGACCAAGCAUUGAGUAUUCAAAUUUCAUGUAGUUAUUUAUGCCUAUUUUAAAGGUUUAAGAUAGAUGCUGAUUAUUGUUGAAUAUAUUCAUGCUUGUACAGUAAUCUAAGUAAGGAUUUUUCUAUGUUUUGAUAAUAAAGUAGAUCUGUUUUCAAAUACUUUACAAGAAAAACAUUUCUGAUCAUUUUAAACAUAGGAAAUGUAUAUAUAAUUAACUCUUUUCAACAAAGUUCUGUGAAAUUUUUAAUUAUGUAAAAUCACCCCUUGUGUGUAUACUGCCAACUUUUAAAAAGUUCAUAUCUGUAAAAUGAAGUGUGUUUCCAGUCAGUGAGUUGUAUUAUUAUUCACCUUAUCAAUCAUAUAUGAAACAUUGCGGAUUAAAAACUUCAAUUUUUUUGCUUUAUCAUUGGCUUUAUUUUCAGGUAUGCAUGAUUUUAGAAUUUAAUGAUUGUUGAACGAAAUAGACCUAAAGUUACCAUGUAAUCAAACAUUUUACUUUAACUGUUCAAAGCUAUUCAAAAAAAUUUGGAAGACCCUCAAAAAGUACAUUUCAAUGUAAUGUUUCCGACCUGCAUUAUAAAUGGAAAAUAAGUCUUGUGUUAGAUGACCUUUUCUUGAGAAAUAUUAAUUUGUAUGAGAAAUAUGACAAUCAAGAAAAGUAUCUAUAAUUCCAACCGAACUGUUAAAUAAAUUGUUGUUGCUUGUUUAGUUUGAAUGAUUAUAAAAUAAAUGAUCUAUUCUAACCAGAAGAAAUAUUUGUGUUUUUACCAGAGCUCAUAUCAAAAUAUAAAAUAAAUCGACUUCUUUACUUUACAUUAGGUACCAGGACGAUUUGGUAAAAGACAUUUUGUCUGAUAUCAUUUGUCCUCCACCGUUGAUUCAUGUGGGGAAGUUGGCAGUUACUUGCGAAGAACAGGUUUGUACUGGUACAGAAUCUAGGAACACAGGUUAGGUUAACUGCCCGCCAUUACAUAACUGAAAUACUGUUGAAAAAUGGCGUAUAACCAAAAACAAAACAAAACAAAGCUUAACAGAUAUAUCGGUAUCUUUAUCAUUACUGUGUUAAUUAUUACAUGAAUAAAAAUUAAAACGGUUUAACAUCACAUCAAAACACUGCAGGAUUUUGUGGAUCAUGUAGCAUAUGUUUUUGUUAACAUGUAUGAUUUUUUAUAUGAUUAUACUGUAAGUAUUGUGCAAUAUAUUGUGUUAAAUGUGCUAUGUUCAAAAAUGUGUGUUAUAUAUACCUACUUGGAUGAACAGCAAGUGUUUUAUAAAGAGCAGGCCUGCUUGAGAAGCAAGUUCUACAGUAACCCAAGUAUAUAAUUUCCAAUAUAUGAAAAUCGUAUUAUUUGUUUAUAUUUUUAGUAAAGAAAAUGCUACUGCCAGGCAGAUAAGAACAGGCAUCCAUUUGAUUGAUGAUUAAUGUUUAAUUUUGUUUUAUAUACACCUUUAAAACAUAACAUAUUUGUGAUUGUCAUUGCUUGUGGCAACAAACCAACAGCACACACUAAACUUGUCUGAUCUCUAAGUUGAGUAGUUCUUAUCCAAAGUUCACCAACUUGGUCACAAUUGUUAAGGGCGUAAAAAUUCGGCCAGGUUCAAUAAUCAACUGGAUCCUCCCAUGUCUUUCUUGUGCUAUGGCCCUUGAGUUACUCAAAAUUGCAAAUAUGGACAGCAUCUGCUGUCAAACUUGAGCAGUCCUUAUUCCUUUAUGAAAAUAGACAGUGUUCAUUGACUGACUUAAGAAGUUUUAAUGCAACUUUCACAAAACUUUGUCACAAUGUUUAUGGGCUUAAUGUCUUCACCUAGUAUGACAACCAGCCAGAAAUUCUCAGUCACUAUUAAGUUAUGGUAUGGAAGGCUGUUGGUUCUACCCAGGUGCCCGCUCAUGAUGAAAUAAAGCACGGAGGGGCACCUGUGGUCUUUCUCCACCAGCAAAGCUGGAAAGUCGCCAUAUGAACUAUAAUUGUGUCAGAGCAACGUUAAACCCAACAAAAACAAAAAAUUAAGUUAUAGCUGUGGACCUGUGUGCCCUUGUAACUAUCACAUUGACUUUGUUCAUUAGCAAACUAAACAGAAAAUAGUUAUCAGAUUUGAACUUAGUUACUGUAUGUGAACAGAAUCAUGUGUGUAAUUCUAAUUUAUUCAAGACACAUUCAUAAAAUUGUGACUAUUAUCUUAUUAGAUAUUGUAAUGUCAUAUGUGAUUGCAUUCCAUUUAAUAAAGAAAAACAAACA